AUGAUUAAAAAGGCACUUCCUUCUGGAUGUGCUGUCUGUGGCCACCAAGAUGAUCUUUUCAUUUGCUCUGGCUGCAAAGCGUUGCCCUACUGCGGUCGCGACUGUCAGAUCGCGGAUCGGCCAGCACACAAAGCUGCGUGUAGCGCCAUCAAAAAAGCACGUAACGUGAUGGCGACUGAGGAGCAGAAACUUCGACAUCAUCCUGGGGAUGUCAUGAUGUCUAAAGAUCCUUUUACCAGCUGUGUUGGACACCUCUUGGGGGGGGGGGGUUCGAAACGCGCGACUACAUACACUAGUUUGCCAUACCUCGAUGUCAAAGAUGCCGACAUGUUCGAGUCCGUCGAGCGUUUCUGCCACCCAUUCUUCGAUCUCAGCCACAGAACCUGUGUGUGUCUCUUGAAGAUCAGAUUGCUCCUUGAGCUUGUGCGGCUGGAACAAUCGACGGACAGCCUGGGUCCGUCCCCUCAUCCUGUCAUUUCCGCCAUGCUUAAGUCACCAACCCCAAUCAGUUCCGCUGUGGGCGCUUCCCAGGCCAUCAUGUCCAGCGACAGCAAUACACGCAAGGCGAUGAUUGACACAUUGAUGAAACAAAUUGAUGCUCUGUAUGAGGCAGUCCAGAAGGCCAACGAGCACUUCUGGUAUAAUCUUACUGAUCCUGAAGUGGACCUAGAUAAUAUGCCGUCCAGUUGUACGAUGGGUAGCGUGGGAGAAUCGCAGCUGGCCGUUGGUAAUAACUUUUUUACAUGGGUCAAAACAUCGGGAGCUCUCGCCUUCAUCAUAACACCUUCAUCAUAA